CUGGUGCGACGCGUGCCAUCACAUGCAGCUCUUGGACCCGCCUAUCUUGAGACACAAGCACAGCUUCCCCAUCUCCUCUGCAGCAUUCAACAACAAUCACAACAAGUCAUCUCGAUAUCACAAAACAACAUGGGCAUGGAUCACUCGCACAUGGACCACGGCCACAUGGGUCACGACAUGCCCGGCAUGGGCGGCGAUGGACCCAAGUGCAACAUGAACAUGCUGUUUACCUGGGACACAACCGAUCUAUGCAUCGUCUUCCCCUCAUGGCACAUCUCCGGCACGACCUCGCUCGUCUUCUCGCUCCUCGCCGUCGUCCUCAUGACCGCCGGCUACGAAGCCAUCCGCGAGAUAUCGCGACGAUACGAAGCCUACUCCAAGAGCGUCAUGGAGGGGCCUAGAGGGAGAAACGGUGGUGUUGGGCGGAGUGCCGAGCAGCAGAUGAAGAUUAUCAAGGCUGUUUUGUAUGCUGUGCAGGUGUUUUACUCGUUCUUCAUCAUGCUGCUUUUCAUGACGUACAAUGGCUGGGUUAUGCUUGCUGUUGCUGUGGGUGCUUUUGUUGGAUACUUGAUGUUCAGCCAGUCUUCGUCGACGAAGUCGGUGGCCUGCCAUUGAGUGGUGUACACAGAAGCAGUGUGGUACGGGGGAAUGGAUAACAAGAUGGGUCGAGGCAUGCAGAUGAUCUGCUCUCCGUCAACAAGGCGCAGAUUCACAUAUCCUGCGAUAUCCGGGCCUAGUACCAACCCUGCAGCUCCGAUGUAUCGGACGCGACGUUUGGCCAAGCUCGGUUUUGCAGGCGCCAACCCUGCAGAUACUUUGAGUGUAAAUAGCCAGCUGGCAAUAUAUCUUGUAACGAUUGUCUUUGUGUUCGGCCUUCAGGAUCGACUCGCGCAAGAUGCACCGAGAUGGAUCUGGCCGCAUCGGCAAGAACUACCCCGAGAAAUAUCCAAUCGAACAAUUUAACCACCAUUGAUCUUGA